GCGCUAUUAUCACUGUCACAAUGUGAGCCUGAGGCCAGAAGGACGAGGCAGAGACACGCGGCAGCGCUCCGGCUGGAGCCCCGAAGCCCACGCGCGGAGGGGCCGGGAGGCGGCGAGCUCGGGCGCCCGCGCUCACCCCGCGCCCCGGCGGCCGCCGGGUACUUAGGCAGCGGCGUGGGCGCCGCGCCCCGCCCGCGCGCCUCUCCACCCACGGUGGCUGUGAGACUCCGCGACGCCGCCUUCUGGGCCAGCCUCCAUGGCCAGGUCCCCGGGCUUCUGGACUGGGACAUGGGCAACGAGUGCUUCCUGGCCUUCACCACGUCGCACCUGCCCGUGGCCGAGCAGAUCCUGGCGAGAUAUAAACUCCGAAUAGUUGAUCCACCUGUGUUGCCUCUGGAAAAGAAACCCAACUCUGAUGGAGAUGGUCCAGAUAUUGAACCCAACCUGUGGAUGUGGGUAAACCCUAACAUCGUGUACCCCCCGGGCAAGCUGGAGGUUUCAGAUCCCACAAGUGUAGCAGAUGAGACAAGUGAGGUCCCCUGCCCUCAGCCACCCCUGGAAAAACAAGAUGCCAGCAGCUCAGAGGGCACCGGGGCGGAAUCACCGCAGGCUUCCUGCAACGAGCAUUCGCCCCCACGGAAGCAGAAGCGGAAGCAGAGCUUCUCGUCCCCUGGUGACCAGGAGCUCACAGAAGAGGAGGCCGAGGACCAGGAUGACAGCUCCUCUGUGGCUCUCCUGCUCCCCCUCAAAAGGGCCUCCCUCCAGAGUCGGAGGCUGCAACCAACCAUCAGCCCGGAGGGGAGGCUCUGGUCCCGGCCCCCUCUCAAUUACUUCCACCUAAUUGCCCUGGCACUAAGCAACAGCCCCCCCUGUGGCCUCAACGUGCAACAGAUCUACAGUUUCACGCGAUGGCACUUCCCCUUUUUCCGGACGGCUCCAGAAGGCUGGAAGAAUACUAUCCGUCACAAUCUCUGUUUCCGAGACAGCUUCCAGAAAGUGCCGGUCAGUAUGCAGGGGGAGGCCAGCCCCCGGCCCCGAGCCUGCCUCUGGAAGUUGACUGAGGAGGGACGCCGCCGCUUUGUGGAGGAGGCCCGCGCCUUGCCCUCCACUCAGCUGGAAAGUAUCCAGCAGUGCAUGAGCCAGCCAGAUGUGAUGCCCUUCCUCUUUAACCUGUAAGGAGCAAGAGUCAUCAGCCAUGCCUUAUUAAACUUCGCAAAGCA